AUGCCCGAAACCCCCCGAAAAAGCCUCGACGAAAGCCGCGAGGACGACGACAGUCCCACAAAUCCAGCCUCCUCCCUCACCACCCUCCUCCACACCACCAGCACCCUCCUCUCCUGCAUGCGCCACCCGACGCCGCCACCGGCCGCGAACUCUACAACUUCUUCGGCGGGCGUAAGUAGGUUCGUCACAGGGCGCGUCCUCGAGCACACCACCGCCGACGGCGCCAUCCUCGCCAUCAAAGUCAACACCGUCACCGACCGCUCCGAGCCCGCCAUGAUGCACUACGCCGCCACCCACGGCGUCCGCACGCCCCGCGUCCGCGGCGUCUACGACGUCGUCGCACACACCCGCCGGCUGGCGCGCGCGAUGGUCAGUGAGCGUGUCCCCGGGGUGCCGCUGGCGGAGGUGUGGUUGGGGAUGGGGGAGGUGGAGAGGGAAGUGGUGAAGGAGCAGUUGAGGGGGCAGUUGGUGGCGAUGCGGGCGUGUAGGGAGGGGUUUAUUGGCGGGGUGGGUGGGGAGAAGGUGCGGAAUGUGUAUGAUAGGAUGAGGGACUUGUACUGUGGGCCGUUUGAGGGCGAGGAGGCGUUUGAUGAGUGGUGCUUGGGUCGGAUUCUGGGGGGGCCGCUUGUGCGUGCCAAGUGGAGGUUGUUGUUGAGGAAUGAACGGCGGGAGAGAAGGGGGGCGGGAGUCGGGGGGAAUGUGGUGACGGGGAUUGUGGACUGGGAAAGGAGCGGGUUCUUCCCGGAGUAUGCUGAAUAUGCGUUUGCGAUGGUUCUGUGUCAUGCACACGAGGAGUGGUGGAUUCCUGUGCUGAAGGAGCUGUUGCCGCCUUGUUCGAAACGAAGACUUGAGUUUACAGCCUUGGUCGAGGAGGGAGUGGUGAAUUCGUGA